CAGACGACCCGGAAGUGGCACAGCUUUAUAAAGAAAGGAAUCUUUUCAGUAAGGAGGCGGACGUUGUGGAACGUCGAGAAGAACAACAACAAAACCAGGAGCGAUGGAUCAGAUGAGAUUGGCGUUUAACGGCGUGGUUAGAAGUGUGCGUUACAGCAGGUUCCCCCUGCAGCCCACAGAGAAUGGAGAAAGGCAUCUGGAGGUCAAACUGUCUGAAGAUGGCACUGAGGAGUUUACAGACGUGGAGGCCGAGGGCUCACCAAGCUUCAGGCCGGCACCUCAAAAUUAUAGCCGGUGUUCCAUUGCCUUCCUGCUCCUGGGAACCCUGCUGAUAUUGAUCGUUGGCUAUCUGGUUGGUUAUAUCAGUCACAGUAAACCUAAAGUGGAGUUGCUGAACUGCAGCCCAGUGACACAAGCUCCGGUUGCACAACCUGCAGAGGUUGAGAUGGACUUCAAGAACAUCUCUCAACUUCUUGCGAGGAAAAUGACCAGGGAGGCCUUUCAAAAGACUCUAGGGGACUUUGAAAAUCCCGGGUGUUCAGCAGGAAGUGAUAAAGACAUGAGUUUGGCAAACAGCAUCUUUGAUGAAUUCAAGAAACUAGAGAUGGAUCCCUGGACAGACAUCCACGAUGUUCAGCUGCCGAUCCCAGACAGCCAGAAUCCAAACAAGGUUCAGUUUGGUUCAGAAGAUUUCAGCCUUACUGGGUAUCUGGCCUACAGCGCUACAGACAGAGUUCAGGGCAAACUUGUGUACGGCAACUAUGGGCGUAAAGAGGACCUGGAUAUCGUGAAUAAAAAUAAGGUUGAGUUAAAAGGCUGCGUGCUGCUCGUCCGUGCUGGAAAGAUCAGUUUUGCAGAGCAGGUGGCCAAUGCUGCAGAUAGAGGGGCGUCUGCUGUUCUGAUCUACCCCGAUGAAGCUGAUUACAAUUAUGUAGCUGACACUGUGCUCUAUGGACAUGUCCAUCUGGGCUCAGGUGACCCCUACACCCCUGGAUUCCCCUCCUUUAACCACACCCAGUUUCCCCCAACUCAGUCAUCUGGCCUCCCCAAAAUCCCAGCCCAGACUCUCACCCGCAGUGUUGCUGUAAAACUUCUUCAGAAAAUUGGUGGUCCUGAACCAGAUGAAACAAGUGGUUUUAAAGGUGGAUUCAAGCAAGUGUCUUACAGGCUGGGAGGCGUUGAGAACAUCACUGUUGAGGUCAACAACAAGCUGGUGAACAAGGAGAUCCAUAAUGUGUUUGGGGUGAUCAAAGGAUUUGAUGAUCCUGAUCGCUACAUUGUACUGGGAGCUCAGAGGGAUGCCUGGGGUAGCGGCUACGCCAGAGCCACUGUUGGCACCUCAGUACUGGUGCAGCUGGCCAAAGCUUUCCGUGAAAUGGUCGAGAAUGAUGGGUUCAGGCCCAAGAGAAGCCUGGUGUUUGCGAGCUGGAGUGCAGGAGAAUAUGGAAGUGUUGGCGCUACAGAGUGGCUGGAGGGUUAUAUGGCCUCUAUUGACAAAAAAGUGUUCACCUACAUAAGCCUGGAUGGGGUUGUCAUGGGUAAGGGGGGCUUUAUGGCCUCAGCAAGUCCACUGCUCUACAGCCUCCUUGAGACCACGAUGAAAGAGGUUAAUAGUCCUGUUGGUGCUGGCACGGUGUACGACAUGGCAGGAGAAACAAUGUGGGAGGCUAAUGUAAUGAGACCGAUGACAAUAGAUGACCCAGCCUAUCCCUUCUUGGCUUUCUCUGGAAUUCCCUCAGUCUCCUUUCACUUCAUCAAACCACAUUCUGAGGUCUACACUUAUUAUGGCACUCAAUUGGACACCAUGGACCAACUUAACUAUGAAACCAACAAUCAAACCAACGAGAUCACGGCGAUAGCAGCGCAGUUUGCUGGUCAGAUGGCCCUGCACCUGGUUCAUGACCACCUGCUGAGCUUGGAUGUGAACCGGUACAGCAAAACUCUCACCAAGGCUGUGGCGGGCGUCUACAAACACAUCCGGCUGCUCUCGCAGGAUUUGAGUCCCAGCUGGUUGAACCGUGCACGAGGCUCCUUCCAGCGUGCUGCCAGUAACCUCUACAAUGACAUUGCCAACACCAACUUGGAUGACAAAGAAGCCUGUCGAAUCCUCAACAACAGGAUCAUGAUGGUUGAGCACAGCCUCCUCUCCCCAUACGUCUCACCUGUUAAGGUUCCCUUCCGUCACCUACUGUUUGGCCGAGGCUCCCACACUCUGGCGUCCAUUGCUGAGACUACUGACGUGGAUAAACUCCACACCCAGCUGGCCUUAGCCACCUGGAACUUGCAGGGAUGUGCCAAUGCCAUGGUGGGAAACAUCUGGGACCUCGAUGAAGAAAUUUAAAUUGGUGGGACGCAGAGAUGUGAGGGUGGGAGUUGUGUGUUUGCAUGUGUAUUUUUUGGAAAGUAAAUCAUAGCGCUCCAAUAUCAGCACUUAAAAGCACAAGCCAUUAAUCAGAAACCCCAACCUUUGUUAUAGGCUCAUGCUCAGAUUUCAGGGGAAUUCAAAUCAAUUCCACAAAUAGUCUCGAAGAGGACAGUGUUAAAGUGUAGGGCUGAAAACUGUGAAGAAGGAUUACUUGAAGAAAUGAAAUGCUACUGACAAAUCCACCUCCUCUCAAGUAGACUCGAAGCUCUUGCUGCGACCACUUGCCAUCAAAGCACUAAAAGACCUUAUAUGUAUUUGUUUUUUUAAUUAUUUAUCAGUGGCAGUGUCCACUAUAAAGCUGUUUGUCUUUUUAUACGACAUUAUCGGAAGCAGUGUCUUCCAUAAUUAUGACGGUUAUACUGUCGAAACCUACGGCAGUAUCUGCUACAGAAAUGACUCCAAAUGUUGCUGGGAAAAAAAGACCCAGAUAAAGUUUAAUCUUUCUACCCUCUUUUUCUUCCUUUAGCGUUGAGCUGCUGUAAAAGCAGGCUUUCACAAAUAGACUGACAUAAGUGCAUCUGUGGAGAAAUUAAGGGUAUAAAAAAUUGUAUCUUGGUAGAUUAAAAAAAAAAAUGUAUUUAAUGAGAUUUUUCCAAUGCCUGACUAAAGCUGGCAAGGAAACAAAAAAAUUGUCUGCAGUUUGUGGAAAAUUAUUUAUUUAUCACAAGCAAAGAGGUUUAUUCUGCAAUUGGUGACAAAGUGAAUGUCAAAUAAGGUUUAAAAAACAAAACAAAAGCAAUUCAGGCACAAUACUAAAUCCUCCGAGCUCAAAGAGACCUUUAUGUUGCACUGUCUACUUUGGAGCAUUUAAUGAGUUGUAAUAUUUUUAUCGGGAGCAGUGCCUUCCAUAACUAAACCGCAUUAUCGGGAGCAGUGCCUUCCAUAAUGAUAAACAGUGACGGUAGUUUUUGCCUACCAUUGUGUGUUUUUUGUAUACGUGUAUUUAUCGAGAGCAGUGUCUCUCAUAUUUCACUUGAAAAGUGGAACAACUUAUCGGGAACAGUGUUUCCCAGAGUUUUAUACUUUAUUUAUUUGUUUUGGGCUUUUGUUUUGUGUGCAUAUAGGUAUUGUCCUUCAUAGAGUGUGUGUGCACUCUUCUGGUUCCUACUGUUUUUGUUUGUGCAUACAUUUCCUCUUUAAUACUAUUUCUAAUCAUAGUGAGCCUCAUCUGGGCAGGAUUGACAGUACAGGUCGAGGUAGAAAAUGAGGACAUUAUUCCAAACGGCGCAUAAACAAAGUCAUCUAGAUGGGGUGGUGGGAAAAGCAAUUUGUCAUUUGUAUUGGUUAUAAAUCAGCUAGGAAAAACUCAAUACUCACAUUUCUAACUUUUCAAUAUGAAUUGAUAGUUCUGUGUCUAUAGGGUUAUUAUAAUCAGUAGCGGCUCAUAGCCAAUUAGGUUUAAAUUGUGGCACCAAUAAAAGUAUACCAGUGUCAGUACCUGCAUCAGAUUCACAAUUUUGCUCUUUGAGUUUAAUCAGUUUUUCUUAAUUUAAUCAAAUUGUAACUUGCUGAUCCUCAAGGAGAAGUGGUUGGGAAAAGGAGAAAGGGGCUACACACCUAAAUCUACCCUGCAGUAGCAUAUUGAAGCUUUUACAGGGUCUCGCUCUUUUAAUAGCUGUGAUGUCUAUAACUACAUUAUUACUUUAAUGUGACUUAACCUUGAAGGAUAGGCAAGCCUAUUUUAAAAUUCCGACAUUUAAUUGACAUAACAGGGAAACUGCUGCUUUCAUUAUCAUUUUUUUUUCUUUAAAUUACCUACUGCCUUCCCAGUGAAUCCAGUCCAUAUGAGGCUUUUACUGCUUAUACAAUAAUUCUAAGCACUGAAGGAUGUUGAAAUGAGUGCACUAUAAUCAUUAAAGUUAUAGCAACAAACCUGGUCUGUUAGCCUUGUGACCUCAAAACCUCUUUUCUUUGUUAGUGACUGAAAACACAAAUGAAUUCACUUGCAUGGGUUUUCUCCUCACUGCAUGUUACUAAAGUAUAGCUCAGAGUGGAACAAUAUUACAGUUUCACUUGUCCAAAUUAAAUUUAUUUGUGGUUGUUUGAUCAUAAUUCCAACCUUUUGAAUUGUUAUCCCUGAGUUAUAACCGUCAAGUUAAAAUGUCAUAAAUCAGUACAGGAUAUUAAAAGCUACUAAUCGUAUCAAAAGGAUCAGUCACUGAAAAACUGUUUCAUUAUUUAAGCGAUUUCAUUAGUUCAGCUACUCCUGUAUUAUCUUGCAUCCAUUACAAGAAUAAGUUUCUCCACACUAGUUCGAACUAGAAAUGUGAUCAUUAGAAAAUUUGUUUUGGCUCACCGUAUUGCUGAAAAAUACUGAGACUGAUUUCUGUACUUCAGAUGUUGUUGACAUUCUUUAUCGUGACAUCCAUGUUCAGUAGAAAAUUGUAAUAAACCCUUUGGCUUAGCAUAAAGACUGUCUCGCUCCUUCAUUGUCUUAAUCCUUAAGGUUUAUGUUAUAGCUAAAGGCAGGUUCAGCUUUGAGGGUUUUUUGU